UACUAUUCCGUAUGUACUUGUAUGGCAAACUUUGGUGUAAUGGUGCUCUGGCCUGUGGUGCAUGAAAAUUCAGCAAAGAUUGAAUUUUCCGCCGCGAAAAACUAGACAGCCCAACAAAGAAGUCUUUUCUCACACGCGUAUUUAAAAAUGAAUAAAACAAUUUCUUACAUUUGAUAAUUACACUAUCAUUCAUCACCAUAGUCACUUUACUUCUUCCCCAAAUCUUUCUCAGAUCUGCAACAAAUCGAUGACAAUCAUCUGAAUCGGGGAGUCAGAGUACUAAACUCGGACGACUGAGUGACUCAGCCAUGGCGGAGAAGCCGGACUCAGUGGUGUCGAUCCGAGUCCCAUACAAGAACCUCAGGCAAGAUGCUGAGGUUGAAAUGGUAGGCUUCGACGACGGUUUUCCGAUUGUUUCUAGGGUUUCGAAUGGCGUCGGUGACGGCGAUUCGCCGGAAACUCACCGGCAUUCGGUGGAUUUGAGAUCAGAGAAGUGUAGUUUGGUGAAAUUGAUUCUCAGUUGUACGGUCGCCGCUGGUGUUCAGUUCGGUUGGGCGCUUCAACUUUCACUUCUCACUCCUUACAUCCAGACACUUGGAAUAGGACAUGCAUUUUCUUCAUUUAUUUGGCUUUGUGGCCCUAUCACAGGUCUUGUGGUUCAACCAUGUGUAGGUAUCUGGAGCGACAAAUGCACUUCUAAAUAUGGCAGAAGACGGCCCUUUAUUCUUGCCGGAUCCCUCAUGAUCUCUGUUGCUGUGAUAAUAAUAGGCUUUUCUGCAGACAUUGGAUAUUUGUUAGGAGACACAAAGGAGCACUGCAGCACGUUCAAAGGUACUCGAACAAGGGCAACCAUCACAUUUGUGGUUGGCUUUUGGAUGUUGGAUCUUGCUAAUAAUACAGUGCAGGGCCCAGCUCGAGCUCUUUUGGCUGAUUUAUCAGGACCUGACCAACGGAAUGCUGCAAAUGCUGUGUUUGCAUCUUGGAUGGCUGUGGGUAACAUCUUGGGGUUCUUAUCUGGUGCUAGUGGAAAUUGGCACACAUGGUUCCCUUUCCUAACCAAUCGAGCUUGUUGCGAGGCCUGCGGAAAUUUGAAAGCAGCGUUUCUGAUUGCAGUGGUUUUCUUGACGUUUUGUACUCUUGUAACUCUUUACUUUGCCAAGGAGGUACCCCUUGAUGCAAGUCCAUCUCAGAGGUUAUCAGAUUCGGCUCCAUUACUACAUGAACCUCAACGAAUGUCAACCGACCUGUCUGAUUCAAAGCCUCAUGAUAGUAAUUCUCUGCCUUAUACUGAGAAUGGUCAGAGGAAUGAAGAUGAUAAUGAUGAAAAUUUCAAUGAUGGACCUGGAGCUGUUAUGGUCAAGUUGUUGACCAGCUUAAGACAUCUACCACCUGCUAUGCAUUCAGUGCUAAUAGUAACAGCUCUCACCUGGGUUUCCUGGUUUCCCUUUUUGCUUUUUGAUACUGAUUGGAUGGGAAGAGAAGUCUAUCAUGGGAAUCCUACUGGAAGUGCCUCUGAAGUAAAAGCCUAUGAUCAAGGUGUCAGAGAAGGUGCUGUUGGAUUGCUACUCAAUUCAGUUGUCCUUGGUGUUGGCUCUUUUCUAAUUGAACCCAUGUGUCGGCAAAUGGGGACUAAAGUUGUAUGGGCUUUAAGCAAUUUUAUUGUAUUUAUCUGCAUGGCAGGCAUUGCAGUGAUCAGUUUGGUUUCUCUCAAAAGUUAUUCUCAAGGUGUCCAACAUGUGAUUGGAGAAAAUUCAUCAACCAAGAUUGCGUCCCUGGUUAUAUUUGCCAUUCUUGGAUUUCCUCUUUCAAUAACAUACAGUGUACCCUAUUCUGUCACUGCCUCUCUGACUGCCGAUUCUGGAGGUGGUCAAGGAUUGGCACUUGGAGUUCUGAAUCUUGCAAUUGUUGUACCCCAGAUGAUUGUAUCGCUUGGUGCUGGGCCAUGGGAUGCUCUAUUUGGCGGAGGAAAUGUACCGGCUUUUGUUUUGGCUUCUGUAGCUGCAUUUGCAGCUGGUAUCUUUGCAACAAUGAAGAUGCCUAAUAUUUCUGGCAGCUUCAAAUCAUCUGGCAUGCAUGUUGGGUGAUAAAGUUUCCUGCCUUAAUGUGAUUUUCAGCUGAUCGACACAAGUGCCAACAAGGUAUAAUGCCAUUGGAGUGAUUUCCUUACUCGUAUGUGCAGGCGUGCAGCUUAUCGUCCCACAGAAUUUUGCUUAACAUGGUCAUUUAAUUAAUUUUUUAGCCACGUUUUGGCUCUUGUAUCUUAUAGUGAACACAUUACAUAGGCCUAAGGGAGUAUAGGGUUAUCAUUGAUAACAAGUUACAUAUACAUACAGGAAAUUAGCAGUGCUCCUCAGUGUAAUUUUACGUGUGAAAAAAAGAAAGAGAGCAAAGGGCAUGUACUGAACUCAGUAACUCGCUAGUAGGUGAAGCAUCUACAAUUUUGUAAAUGAAUUUUUGCUUUAUAAUGAAUGGAGUUCUAGGGCUCUAAUUUGCAGCA